AAACAGCAAUGGCGGAGGCAGCGGCAGCGUCAACAGCGGCUCCAGCAGUUAUCGGAGGCUGGACGAAGCACGUACCCUGCAGGUAUUUCAUGCACGGGCUUUGCAAAGAGGGCGACAACUGUCGAUAUUUACAUGACCUCAAUAGCUGCAAGCCAACCAUGAUCUGCAAGUUCUUUCAAAAGGGAUGCUGUGCUUUUGGGGACCGGUGCAGGUACGAACAUACUAAACCUGCCAAGCAAGACGAAGUCCCUAGUUCUAAGCCGCUGGUGCCGCUGACCGCUGCUCCCCUUGCUGGCACUCCUGAACCCGUGUCUGAUGGGCCAGGUGGUACGACCGAUGCCCAGGAGAAGCCCCAAGGCUUGGGGGCAGUGGACUGGGUCAAUGCUGCUGAGUUCGUGCCAGGGCAGCCCUACUGUGGGAGGGCUGACCCAGUGCCGCUUGAGGGGCCUGGACCUCUCAUCGAAGAAGAGUACGAGAAAGAACUAGCUAACAAAGAAAUGAAGAAACAGCUUUGCCCGUACGCCGCUGUCGGCGAAUGUCGCUAUGGCCUCAACUGCGCCUACCUCCACGGAGACGUUUGCGACAUGUGUGGCCUACAGGUUCUCCACCCUUCCGACUCCUCUCAGCGCUCGCAACACAUCAGGGCCUGCAUUGAGGCUCACGAGAAGGACAUGGAAAUCUCGUUUGCUGUCCAGCGAAGUAAAGAUAUGAUGUGUGGCGUGUGCAUGGAGGUGGUGUUCGAGAAAACCAACCCCAGCGAACGCCGUUUCGGCAUCCUCUCCAACUGCAGCCACUGUUACUGCCUCAAGUGCAUCAGGAAAUGGCGGAGCGCCAAGCAGUUCGAGAGCAAGAUCAUAAAGUCCUGCCCAGAGUGUCGAAUCACAUCGAACUUUGUCAUACCAAGCGAAUACUGGGUGGAGGACAAGGAGGAGAAGCAGCAACUCAUUCAGAAGUACAAGGAUGGCAUGGGGUACACAAUUGAGAAUGUUUCUGAUUAA